UCUCGUGUUUUUCCUUUCAGCUCGCCUCAGAUCCGUUGAUGUUCGGACUCUCGGGUCUCGCGGGUUAUUUUUAGGUUCGGUUCGGUUCGGUUCGUCACGCUGAGCUGAUCCAGGAUGGGGUUUCCGGAUGAGAGGAGUCGCUUUAAAAGGAGCCGCAGCAUCAAGUCGAUCCAGACUGGAUCCUGAAACCGACCCAGAAGGUUCGGACCCGGUCCGAUCCAUUUCUCCAUCACUUCAAUCAAACUUUGAUGUUUUAGAAAUKAGAUUUAUUUAAUGUUUUUGUUAAAAUGUCUGUUCGGUGCGACUCGUGCAGACGGUGUCACGUGAGCUCCCGGCGCUCACCUCUCCAUCUGCGCGAGGAGGAUCCCCGGCGCGCUGCCUGCCGGAGGUUCAGGUCCACCAAGGGGGCCUCCAAGGCUCGCAGAGACCACAUCAACCACGAGAUCAGGAACAUGCGGGCCCUGCUCCCCAUCAGCCAGGAGGACCAGGAGCGCCUGUCCUACCUCCACUCCAUGGCCGUCAUCUGCACCUACAUCCGCAAGUCGGUCCUGUUCCAGGGGCUCCAGGCGGCUGACAGGUCUGUCUCCUGCCCGCCGUACGAGGCUGUUCUGGAGGCCCUGCAGGGCUUCCUCCUGGUGUCCACGGCUCAGGGCCGGCUGGUCUACGUGUCGGAGAACGUGUCUGAGUAUCUGGGCCUGUCCACGGUGGACCUGCUGCAAGGAGACACUCUGUACGACCUGGUGGAUCGCUCCGAUCUGGACGUAGUUCGGACAAAUCUGGAUGUUAAAAACAACUYGUCAGCAGAGAGGAGCUUCGUGUGCUGCAUGCAGACCUCCAAGUCUCUGAAGCUGCGACUCGGGGGCUGCUGCUCCGUGCUGGUCAGAGGGAGCUUCCAGUUCUUCCCUCAGUCCUUCUCAGCAGCUCCUCGGACCACCGAGCCCGUGUUCGUGGCCCUCUGCACCCCCACGGCGAACCACCUGGCGAGCAGCGGCUCUCCUCUGUGUCGGAGCUUCAGCAGCGAGCACAGAGCAGACAUGAGCUUCAGUCAGAGCUCAGACAGUGUUUUCUUCCUGUUGGGGUWCUCAGCAGAGGAACUGUUGGGCAGAUCUUGGUACAGUCUGGUCCAUCCUGAAGAUCUGGUUCUGGCUGCAGAUUCUCACAGGAGUUUAGGUUUUGAGGCUACAAACCACAGAUCUGUCCUGGACCUGGGUGUAUGUUCAAGCUAAAAACAGUGGUGAACUCCGGAGCAUCAGCUGCACAAACGUCGUCAUCUGUGAAACUGAGGCCAGAUUCCUGCAGAGGAAGAUCAGCAGAAAGGCCUUCCAGCCGCCAUCCGGGUCAAUUUACCCACACUUUGCUCAGCAGGCGUCCCAGAGUUGGACCGACAACCCUAAAGGUUGUAAAGSUGUGAGGAGGUCUGACAGUGGGAGCGAGGAGCCAGGUGCGGUCCUGUGCACCUCCUCCCAAAGUGCCGGCUCUCCUGCUCCUUUUGAUCUCGUCACGCCUCCCUACAGCCCCGCCUCCUGCAGCUCCCCUCCACAGCAGGAGGAACCCAUGUGCUCUCCUGGCGCCUCGCCCUCGUAUUUCUCCUAUCCAGCAGCGGGGYUCACCUGCCACCUAUCACCUGUUGCCUCCGCCCCCAGGACUACAGAAAACACCUUCGACGCCCCGCCUCCUUCCAUUUAUCCCCUCCCCUCGUUACCUCUGGACUACGAUUUCCCGCCGUGUCCUUCCGACGCUCGCUCCGUCCCAGACUGUCUCUUCGUCCCGGACGUGUCCGAGGUCCUGGAGUCCUCCUCUCUGCACCCGGAGGACUUUGACCUCCUCGACCCCCCGCGGGGGGGCGGUCCGGUCCAGCCGCAGCACGUCCCCCAACAGGAGCUCCCCGGCCCGCUCACRCCGCUCCAGUCCCCCGGGUCCACGAGUCUCUACAGUGAGCGGGAGCGGGAAGAGAUCAGCAUCCUGGCCCAGCAGAUCUCCUCCCUGGCCAGCAGCUUCGACCUGCACCGCAGCCUGGACCUGUUCCAACAGGUGGUCCAGACCGGCGCCGAGGACUGGCACCACGAGCCCGAGCCACUCGCAGGGCACGCCUCCAUGUUCCAGAGCAUCCUGAGCCCGGGAAAACCCGCUCCGUCCUGCCUCCAUCCCUAUCAUCCCCUGCAGGAAACCCUGCACCUGUUCCAGGAAGACCCCCUGCACCUGUUCCAGGAAGACCCCCUGCCUGAGGAGCAGUUCUGCCCAGGUGGGAUCACAGUGGACCCCUUCAGUUCACAGCUGGGUCACCAGAACCCGAACACUGGGUUGCAUCAACUCAACUUCUGCCUGCAGAGCCACCUCCAGCCAG